UAAAGUGCAGUGCAGGUAUACUAGAAAGCAAAAUGAUGAAGCAAGUGCCCAGCACAACGAGUGGUGUUGCAGUGACUAAGGCCUUGCCGGUGGUUGUCCGCCCGUCGGAGUUGGAGCUAGGCACGGCGGCGCCCAGCGACACCGUUGCUCUAUCCCCUUUCGACAGGCUCGUGCCCCCCAUUCCGGUGUCGUCGCUGUUUGUGUUCGACCGCACAGUCGACGAGCCGGUGCUGACUGUAAAGAGGGCCCUGUCGCGGGCGCUGGCCCACUACCGCCCCGUAGCCGGCCGCCUCGCCGGCGACGGCAGCAUCGCGUGCACCGACGAGGGUGUGCCGUUCGUAGCUGCAUCGGCGAGCUGUUCUUUGGAGGAGGCCACGCCAGCGCUGGAGCAGAUGGACCUCGCCGUCCUGUACCCAGGCUUGCUAUGCCGCGACGCCGACCCCUUGCUUCUAGUGCAGGUGACGGAGUUCGCCUGCGGUGGGUUUGUCGUCGGGGUGUCGUCGAACCACGUCAUCGCAGACGGUGCUGGCACAGUACAGUUCUUGCAGGCCGUCGGCGAGCUGGCGCGCGGGAUCUCGCCGCCGUCUUGCUUCCCCAUCCGAAGCUGGGAUGACUCGCUCCCUGUCCCGACCGCGUCAACCGGCGCCACGCAGAAAUCAGCGAUCAAGCACGAGCCCCCGCAUCUUGCCCACCUCAACAUCGUCGUCCCUUCUAGCCUGAUCAGCCGCAUCAAAGCUGGAGCAUUCGGCAGCUUCGGCGAGCUCUGCACGUCGUUGGAUGCCGUCAUGGCGGUGCUCUGGCGCUGCCGCACCCGUGCUGCCUUGUCCCCUAGCGACGGCGAGUCUCCCGCGCCUCUCAAGUUCGUGUGCAACAUGCGGCCGUACGUCGGGGCGCCGGCCGGCUACUACGGCAACUGUAUCCGUGCGCAGGUAGUCCCUGCGACGGCUGGUGCGGUGGCCAACGGCUGUAUCGGCGACCUUGUUCGGCUGAUCAGGCGCGCCAAGGACAAGAUACCGGAUCUGCUUUCCACCGGCGGUGACGGUGGCGGCCGCAGCGGCAGCGGCAGCGGCAGCAGGGUUGCAGAUGCAGCAGCAGAUCAUCAGGCGCAGGCGCCGCUCUGGUACGAGGCGUUCAGCGUGACGGACUGGAGGUACAUUGGAUUGGAUGCAAUAGACUUCGGCAGUGGCGCACCGGCUCGGGUGCUGUGGCAUGCCAAGCGAAUAAUGGAGCCGGGCUGUGUGGUGUGCCCGCCGCGCAGGGCGGGCAGGGACGGCGGGGUGGACGUGUCGACCGUGUUCGUCAAGCCGGAGCACGUCGACGCCUUCCUCGGGGAGCUUGCGAGGCUGGCUGCGUCGGCGGAAUGAAAGGAGGGAUGAAACAAUUUACUUCUGCGCGCGCCCGCUGGUUGUUCUUCUCUCAAUAAGACUCGUUGCUUUACUGUGGUGUCUUGCUACCUUGUGUUUGUGUCGUUGCAUGUACUACUUAAUAAAACUACGCAAAGUAUGAGUUUAACUUGAUUGCAACGUACACAAGUGUUGAUGUUCAUCAUGUUAAACAUAAUUCCUGUUGUGUACUGCCUCGGUUCUGAAAAUUGCUUUAUAGUAAGUCAAAGACAUUAUAAACUUUUGAGUC